AUGGAAACCCUAACUGCUGAGACAGAGGCCCUGGAGGAAGUGGGGCGGCGGGAGUCCGUCGAUCCCCGGAGGGGCCUCGAGGUGACCUUCUUGAAUGCUGCCUCUAAACAAGCAGCAGCAGCAGCAGCAGCAGGUUGCAGCGAGCAGCCGCAGCAGCCGCAGCACCAGCUGCCGCAGCAGCUGCAGCCGCAACAGCAGCAGCCGGAGGUGGAGGAGGAGGAGGAGGAGCAGGAGGAACAGAAGGAAUUUCACCGGGAAGCUCGAUCCUUAUAUGAGGAAGCAUGCUUGCUGCAGCGGCAGCAGCUAGUAGCAGCAGAACAAGAAAAAGAAAAAGCUCUGUUGCUGCUAAGACAGCUACUAGAUGAAUCUGCGGGAGUACACGACAAGGUGAUUGCCUACGAAGUCAUUUGCAGUACGAAACCAGGAACCACGGAUCCUACUCAAAACCAACGCUUCCCCAGCAGCAACAGCAUGGACUCCAACAGCGGCAGCACCAGCGACAACAACGAUGACAGCAGCAGCAACAGCAGCAGCAGCAGCAGCAGCAGCAGCAAGGGAGUCCCUGAUGUUGAGGUAGUUGCUGUAAAGGUUUUGGAGGCAAGCUGGAGGGGCUAUGCAACACGUUGUGCUCUAAGGAGAGAGCGCUGCUUCCUUGCUGCUGCUUCUGCUGCUGUUACUAAUUUCGCUGCUGCAGCAACAGACCUGCAGAGGAAGAUACGAGGAAUGCUGCAGAGACGGGAGUUUCUUGAGUAUGUGCGUACGAAGAUGCUGCUGCCCCCGAAGCGACCAGCAGCAGCAGCAAAAGCAGCAGCAGCAGCAAAAGCAGCAGCAGCAGCAGCAGGCAACGGAAAGGCAACAUCUGUAGAGACGCAGACCCCAACAUUUGCUGCCAGCAGUAAUCAGCAGCAGCAGCACCAGCAGCAGCAGCAACAUCACCACCACCAUCACCAUCACCAUCAUAGACUACUACUGCAGCAGCAGCAGCAGCAGCAGCAGCUAGGGUUUGAGAGCAGGGCAAAGGCACCAUCUACUCAAGCCUUAAGGGAAGCAGCAGCAGCAGAGAGGCAGCUGCAGCGGCGCUGCCGCCGUUUGCUGCUGCCUCUUCCUUUCUUAUAUAGGAGUCAUUCAUUUGCAUGCGUUGCUGCAACAGAGAAGCAGCAGCUGCAGCUGCAGCAGCAGCAGCAGCUGCGUAUUUAUCAGCAAAGACAAAUCGCUAAAGCUGAACUCUUCUCGGUGUGGAUUAAGAAGACAAUAAGCGAGAAUGCUGCGGAAGGGGCAAAGCAGCAGCGCCAGACCCCUUAUUCUCUGCCUGCAGCAGCAGCAGCAGCAGCAGCAACAGCAACGGAAGCAUCUUCUUCUGCUGCAGAUAGCGGCCAUCAUCCCCAACGAUGGGGUGGUUCUUCUGUUGCUGCAGCAGCAACAGCAACAGAUGCAGAAGGGUUCCGCUACAGCAGCAACAACAACAGGAGUGGUGGAGGUGUACUUCAUCCAGCAGCAGCAGCAGCAGCGCCACCACCACCACCAACAACACCAGCAGAGCUGCCUAGUGUUGGUGCUGCUUUCUUGCGGUGUCUUGCUAAGGAACCACCAGAGUGUUUAUGCUGCUCCCCUGAUGCAGCAGGAGUAACAACCCAAGUAGCAGCAGCAGCAGGAUCAGCAGCAGAAGCAGCAGCAGCAGCAGCUGGUGCUGGAGGUUAUGGUGUUAGUAGGCCUCCUGCAGCAGCAGCAGCAGCAGCUAGUGGUGGUUAUUCUAGUGGUUAUCUAGAUAUAGCAGCAGCAGAAGCAGCAAUAGCAGCAGCAGAAGAAGCAGCAGAGACAUCUGUAAUAGAUCGUCGUGUUGCUGCGGCAGUACAGCAGCAAGCAGCAGCAAUAGAUGCAUUUGCUGCUGCAGCACAGAGCGAGCAGCAGCUGCUGCAGCUAGAGAGGAGACUAUACAAAAGAGGGACAGUUGCUCGUCUCCGUUCUACGGUAAGAUUUGCUGGGCAGAAUAAGGUACGAACUUAUUUAGGGGAUAAUUCUGCUGCUGCUGCGGCUGCAUCGGGUGCUGCAGCAGCAGCAGCAGCAGCAGCAGCAGCGGCAGCUGCGGCAGCUGCAGCUGCAGCCGCAGGACCGAAUAAUACAUCACCACGGGUGACGUCGGGAUGUGCAGCUGCUGCUGCUGUUGCUGCUGCUGCUGCUGCUAAUGCUGCUGCUAAUAGAACUACAUCCAAUGUCCCACCAUCUGCUCCUGCAGCAACAGCAGCAGGAGGUGCAGCAGGAGGAGGAGGAGGAGGAGGAGCAGCAGCAGCAGCAGUUAGCCCGUUAGAUAGAUUAAACAUUUGUAGCCCUUGUGGCUCUCCUGGCCCGUUAACACCUACAACAGCAGCAGCAGCAGCAGCAGUAGCAGCAGCAGCAGCAGAAGAAUUAGAUACACCAAGAAGAUGUCUUAGUGCUUUAUCACAAAGAAAACAAUUAAGAAAUCAUUGGGAAGGAACAGGCUCUGAUGAUCUUAAUGAUGCCGUCAGACAAUUCCUUGCUACGACCCCUAAUAUAAGGAGGCUAGUGCCUGAGCACAAAAGAGGAGAUAAAUGGAAGCCGGCUAAGACUCAUCAUCGCGAAGAGCCUAGAUGGACCCCUGUUCGUUUCUCUCCUUGGUCUUAUCUAUCUCGUGGCCUAAAACAUCCAAUCUUUCAGCAGCACAAUCAGCAGCAGCUGCUGCACCCAUCAGCAGCAACAGCAGCAGCAGCAGCAGCAGGAGCAGGAGCAGCAACAAGAACACCAAUAGACGAUAUCACCCUCCAACAACAACUCAGGCGAAUGCCUCCCUCACGCUUGCUACCCAGUCCGCACCAGGAGCGAACGUGUGAAACCAGAGGAGCAGCAGCACAAGCAGCACUAGCAGCAGCUGCUGCAGCAGCAGCAGCAGCAGCAACACCAACAGGUACAACAAGGAAAAAGCAUCGAGCAAAAGCUGCUGCUGCAGCAUCUGCAGAGGGACCACCAGAAGCAGCGACAGCAGCAAGAGCAGCAGCAGGAACAGCAGCAGGAACAGCAGCAGGACCAGCAGCAGGAACAGCAGCAGGAACAGCAGCAGGAACAGCAGCAGGACCAGCAGCAGGAACAGCAGCGGCAGCACCGGUUGCUGCUCCAACCCACGUUCCUGCUACGCAGCCAGGCGAUUUAAACAAGCAGCAGCAGCAGCAGCAGCGACAACAACAACAACAGCAACAGCGGCAGCAACAACAGCAACAACAGCGGCAGCAACAGCAGCAGCAACAGCGGCAGCAACAGCGGCAGCAACAACAGCAGCAACAGCAGCAGCAACAGCAGCAGCAACAGUACGACCUCCAGUACCAAAAUCAAGCGCAGCCGGAGCUGUAUCCGCAGCUGUGGCGCACCCCGCCGCCGCCGCAGCAGCAGCAGCACCAGCAGCAACAGCAGCAGCAGCAGCAGCAGCAAAGCAAUGGAAGGCGCAACAGCGACAGCAGCAGCUCUGCCCAGCGCAGCGGUAGGAGGAGGAGAGAUAAUAAAACCGGCGAUGUCCAGCAACAGCAGCAGCAGCAACAGCAGCAGCAGCAACAGCAGCAGCAGCAGCAGCAGGAUCUACGGAAGCCCCAGCCCCAGCAGCAGCAGCAGCAGCCGGAGCCACAGAAGCCUCAACAGCAGCAGCAGGAGGUGCGAAAGCCUCAGCUGCAGCUGGGCCUGCGUGAAGUAACGAAUGCGGCAGCAACUGCAGCAGCAGCAGCAGCAACUGCAGCAGCAGCAACAGCAGCAGGAGCAGACGGUUCGCCAGCAGCAGCAGCAGACAAAAUGGAGCAGCAGGAACGCCUAGAGGCCCUCCAUCUCAUUUCCUCUGCAGCAGAUAAGAAUAGUACUGCGCUGCUGCUGCGCAGAGACACCUCAGUACAGAGCAGCAGCAGCAGCAGCAGCAACACUGACGCUGGGGGUGAUGGCAAGAACCGUACAGAUGCUGCCCCCCCGGGUGCUGCUGCUGGUGCUGCUGGUGCUGCUGGUGCUGCUGGUGCUCCUGCUGCAUCUAACGCUAAUGCUGCUACAUCUGCUGCAGACCCUGCUCUUUCAGCUGCUGCAGCUGCUGCUGCAUCUGCUGCUGCUGCUUCUCUUAUUCCUCGUGCUGCUCCUGCUGCUGCUGCUGACGCCCUCAAGAACUCGCCAAGAAGGGACCCAGCUAAUGCUUACUACCAGCAGCUGCGCAGCACCUCCUUUAUACAGGGGACAGCAAUAGCAAGAGCAGCAGCAACUGCAGCAGCAGCAGCAGCAGCAGCAGUUAGAGCAAGAAAUGGUGCAGCAGCAGGUGCAGAUGCAGCACCAGCACCUAUUGCAGCAGCAGCAGCAACAACACCAGCAGUAAGAUUUCAAGGGGAUUUGAGGCAGCAGAGACUGCAGCAGCAGCAACUGCUGCAGCAGCAGCAGCAGCAGCAACAGCAGCAACCAAUACGAUUCUGCUGCAGAGGAAAGACAUUGCAAGAGAUCAUUGCUGCUGCUACUGCAGCACGCAACAAAAAAAACCGCAUCACCAGCAGCAGCAGCAACAACAGCAGCAGCAGCAGCAGCAGCAGCAGCGGACAAGCACCCUUGUAUUCUGCUCCCCGCCAGGAGCUAGCAGAUGCAGCAGAAGCAGCAGCAGAAGCAGCAGCAGCAGCUGCUGCUGCAGCAGAUGCCUACAAGACAUUGGAGGAGCACGAACGUUAUAGAGCAAUGCAGCAGCAGCAGCAGCAGCAGCAACUAAGUAGCCCCCGACGCAGCAGCAGCAGCAGCUGUAUUGUCUGCAGCAGCAGGAUAGGUAGAUCAGCAACAGCAAGGCAGCAGCAGCUAAGAAGCAAAGGGCGCAGCAACAGCAGCAGCAGCUGCAGCAUAGGGGUAUGCGGCUGUGUCUAUCAGGUGCUGCAGACAGAGGACAGCAGCAGCAACAUAGAGGAUACACAGGCAUCAGCAGCAGCAGCAGCAGCACUAUCUGCUGCUGCUGCAGGACCUGCUGCUGCUGUUGCAGAUGCACUAGUUGCUGCUGCACCUAUUUUACAAGUAGCAGCAGCAGCAGCAGCUGCUGCUGCUAACGAUACAACUGGUUUAGAAUAA